AUGGCGGCGACACCCACGUCCACCCGCACCUGGAUCCUGGCCAACCGCCCCAAGGGCACUCCGACCUUCGCCAGCACCGAUGCAAACCCGACUUUCAAACUGGUGGAGCGACCGCUGCCUCCAUUGCAACCGAACCAAGUCCUAGUCAAAACCUUGUUCUUCUCCAACGACCCGGCGCAACGUCCAGCCAUCGAUGCUUCCGUCAAAGCGGAGCGGCACUACACUCCGCCCGUGGAGAUUGGGGCGCCCAUGAUGGCACGCGGGCUGGCGGAAGUGGUUGAGUCGACCGCUGACAACCUACCCAAGGGGACCAUCGUCGCGGUGGCUCCGGGAUGGACCGAGUACGCUGUCGUGGAUGCCGCCGAUGCCAGUCCACGACAGCCACUUCCCGGUGGCUUGAGCAUCACGCACUAUCUGGGCGCGUUCGGUGGACCGGGCUUGACGGCUUAUUACGGCCUGGUUGUGAUUGGUGAGGCAAAGAAAGGGAUGAGAGUGGUAGUGUCCGGAGCGGCGGGGGCAACAGGCAGUAUGGUGGUGCAGAUUGCAAAGAAUAUUGUCGGUUGCUCCGAGGUGAUUGGCAUUGCCGGCUCGGAUGAGAAGUGCCGCUGGGUUGAGAGCCUUGGGGCGGACAAGUGCAUCAACUACAAGAGCCCGACGUUCGAAGAGGAUCUGAACAAGGCAACAGACGGUUUCGUUGAUAUCUACUUUGACAACGUCGGCGGCCACAUCCUCGACUUGAUGCUCGCCAGGCUGAAGCGCUAUGGAGUGUCCGUCGCAUGCGGCUCCAUUACAAGUUACAAUUCGAUGGAGCCAACAGUGCUGCAAAACUAUUUCCAAGUGAUCACCAUGCGCCUCUCGAUUCGCGGCUUCAUCGUGAGCGACUACCUGCCCAAAGCGCAGGAAACCAUCCAACUCUUUGUGCAGGCCAUCAAGGACGGGAAAUUGAAGAUCACCAACGAGGAGAGCGAGCAGGUCGUCGACACCAAAUUCGAGGACGUCCCCAAGACGUGGUUGAAGCUGUUUGAGGGAGGCAAUACUGGGAAAUUGGUCACUAAGCUGGUGUGA